CUGUAUCACCAGUCUGCUAUAAUGUUAUAUCGUCCCUGUUGUAGGAUGAACUGUAGUUUAGUUCUGUCAAAAAUACUGUAACCAUUUUUUUUAAGUUGAAAUGUGUUAUGUAUGUUCGAAUGACCACAAAAAAAAGCUCCAGUCAGUAGCUGUUUAUCAUCAGCAUCACCCACCGGCUCUCAGCUCCCCGUAGAGCCGAGCAGGAGUGUACCGCCGCGGGGAAAAUGGCCUUAGUUUCCCCUAACAGUCAGGGGAGAGUCUGUUCGUGAGUCCUAGUGGGUUUCGGGUUUCCUCACAGUGUUUUCCACAACUGAGGAUGAGAAGACAGCCUGCAGCAGCGAUCGCUCUCACACUACUACAGGACACAGUGCACUGUGUGAUGCAGAUCAGAGUCCAAGAGUUGAAAUCCUGCUUUCAGGAGGUGAUGGUCUCCUCCUCUCUCCUCUGCUCACCUGCCCCUCCGUCGUAUCUGCAAACGUCACGAUGUUAACAUUUUAUUCAUUUGCUCUUCCUGCAACUCGGUACAUCACAGUCUGCCUUCACCGGGACAGUUGAAUGUUUUUUUGUAAUUAUUAUUUUUCAGGACAUUCAUCCUUGUAUUUGACCACUGGAUGACUUUAGCUGUAAUUUCUACAAUGAUCCGACGGCCGUAAAGUGAGACAUACAUUGAUAGAAGUCAUCUGGAUUCGCCAUCUAAUUGGCUGUCUGCGAAGCACAUGAUGGCUAAUAACGAGCUACAAAGUGAUCCAGGUGGGCUGUUGGUGCUCCAGCAGCUUGGUUUGGACCAAAACUCUGACUUCUCAGACUCCAGUGUGCAGCAGCGCCUGGACGAGCACCGUGAGAGGAUCCGCAGGGAGAUCCGCAAGGAGCUGAAGAUCAAGGAGGGUGCGGAGAAUCUGCGCAGGGCCACCACUGACAAGAGGAAUGCCCAGCAGGUGGACUCGCAGCUCCGCAGCUCCAAGCGCAAGCUGGAGUCCCUCCAUGCUCAGUUGCAGGAGCUGGACGCACACAUUGUGGUCAAGGGCCCUGAUGACAACAAAGAUACCCCUAAGUCUCCAGGGUCAGUCAGUCGAACGUCAGCCAAUCAGCACCGAAUUGCAGCUUUGGAGCGGCAGCUAAACAUUGAGCUGAAGGUCAAACAGGGAGCAGAAAACAUGAUUCCAAUCUAUGUCAAUGGCGGUACCAAGGACAAGAAGCUUCUCCAGACAGCUCAGCAGAUGCUUCAGGACAGCAAGACAAAGAUCGACAUUAUCCGCAUGCAGAUCCGAAAGGCCAUGCAGGCCACAGAGCAGUCAGAGGACAACCAAAGUAAGCCAGACUUAUGUGGCGUGGAGCUACGUGUGGAGGAGCUGUGGCAUCACUACCGCGUGGAGCAUGCCAUGGCCGAGGGGGCCAAAAACAUGUUGCGAUUGCUCGGUGCAGGAAAGGUCCAAGACAAGAAGGCCAUGGCUGAGGCUCAGUGUGGUCUGAGCGAGUCAUCCCAGCGUCUGGACCUGCUCAGAUGCUCUCUGGAGCAGAGGCUGCUGGAGCUCCCCGAGGAUCACCCCAAGGCUUGCCUCAUCAAGGAGGAGCUAGUGCUGGCAUCGUCCCCUGCUUUCAGCUCCCGUCACAGCACCCCCUAUGUUCAUAACCAGUACAGCACCCUGAGCAAACCUUCGCCUCUCACAGGUACUCUUCAGGUGCGUCUUCUGGGUUGUGUUGGGCUGCUGGAGAUCAUCCCAGGGCGGAGCAGAGGGACCCCCGUGGUUCUUCCCUCUCACUCUCCGGGAGACGGACGCUCCUCCUUCAAACUGAGUGGCCUCUACAGCCGCAGCACCAGCAGCAUGAGCCUUAAGAUCCCUGGCAAGACCGAUGAGCUCUCCUCGGAGGUGAGUGCGGUGCUGAAGCUGGAGAACACAGUGGUGGGUCAGACCAUUUGGAGAACAGUUGGAGAGCAGGCCUGGGAUCAGACCUUUACUGUAGAACUAGAGAGGUCCAGAGAGAUGGAGAUAGCGGUGUAUUGGAGAGAUUACCGCUCCCUGUGCGCUCUGAAGUACCUGAAGCUGGAAGAGUUCCUGGACAACCAAAGACACCAAGUCCAGCUGGAACUGGAGCCACAGGGUGUGCUGCUGGCUGAGGUGACUUUCUUCAACCCAGUAAUAGAGAGAGGCCGACGACUCCAAAGGCAGAAGAAAGUCUUCUCGAAACAGCAUGGUAAAGCUUUCCUGCGUGCUCGUCAGAUGAACGUGGACAUUGCUACCUGGGUCCGUCUACUGAGGAACGCCAUCCCCAGUGGAAGCAACACACCUGCCUACACAUCCAGUUUCACAAGCAACACACUCACACACAGCACAGGAGAAAUCUCAGUGGAGAAGCUGAAUCUGGACAGCGAAUCUCUUCCCAAACCUGAGAUCAGGAGAGAUGUAGUGGAUGCACCCACUUCCUUGGAACAGACACCAGUCAUUGAGCCCCCGUCCACACCGGGUGUCCCUGUUCGCGAGCAGCCAACCAAAUCGCUGUCCCACAACUCUUUACGCAGACCCAGCAGAGGCCCUCUUUGCCUGCUGGACUUCAAACUGAUAGCAGUACUCGGCAGGGGCCACUUUGGAAAGGUGUUGUUGUCUGAGUACAAAAGGACAGGCAGCCUUUACGCCAUCAAGGCCCUGAAGAAGGGAGACAUUGUUGCGCGGGAUGAAGUGGAAAGUCUGAUGUGUGAGAAGCGGAUCUUUGAGACUGUCAAUGGCUCCCACCACCCCUUCCUGGUCAACCUGUUUGCAUGUUUCCAGACACCAGAACAUGUGUGCUUUGUCAUGGAGUACACGGCAGGAGGAGACCUAAUGAUGCACAUACAUGCUGACGUCUUUUCUGAGCCACGUGCUGUGUUCUACUCAGCUUGUGUGGUCUUGGGUCUGCAGUUCCUUCAUGACCAUAAAAUUGUGUAUCGGGAUCUAAAAUUGGACAACCUGCUGCUUGACAUAGAGGGUUUUGUGAAGAUAGCAGACUUUGGGCUCUGUAAAGAAGGCAUGGGUUUUGGGGACAGGACCAGUACCUUCUGUGGGACUCCUGAGUUUCUAGCCCCAGAGGUGCUGACAGACACAUCAUACACCAGGGCAGUUGACUGGUGGGGGCUCGGUGUACUCAUCUAUGAGAUGUUGGUUGGAGAGUCGCCGUUCCCAGGUGAUGAUGAGGAGGAGGUUUUCGACAGCAUAGUGAACGAUGAAGUGCGCUACCCUCGCUUCCUAUCCACUGAGGCCAUAGGCAUCAUGAGACGGUUGUUGAGAAGGAAUCCUGAAAGGCGUCUCGGCUCUGGAGAAAAGGAUGCUGAAGAUGUCAAAAAACAACCUUUCUUCAGGGGUAUGCACUGGGAGGAACUUCUUCAAAGGAAAGUCCCACCACCAUUUGUCCCGACCAUCGGAGGAAAAGAAGACAUCAGCAAUUUUGACAUGGAGUUCACAGCCGAGCCUCCUGCCCUCACUCCACCCCGCGAGCGCCGCAGCCUCUCCCGCAAGGAACAGGACUACUUCAAGGAUUUUGACUACGUCUCCGACCUCUGCUAGGGUCAGGGGUCAGGGGUCAUAGGGUUAUUAGCGGCCCACUGCCAGCCACAGACUCUGAAAGGAGACUGAGAAGUAAAGGCUGACUCUCUUUCCUGCGAAAGCAGAGGAACUUGAUGGUGAUGAGAGGCGAGGAUCACUCUUACUCUGUCCCCUUUCUCUCCCUGUGUUACUGUGUUUGCGACAGGAUGAAGGACUGGCUGGGCUGAGUGUGUGUGAACGGAGAUCAGUGUAGUGUGAUCGUGUGUUGUACACAUAUGCAGUGCCACGGAUCUGCUGAUCUCCAGACUUUCUGGAAUGGCUUUUAAAGGAGGAGGAAGUUACGAGGAUGACAGAAAAUAAUCCAGAUUAUGUAACAAAUGGAGGAUGAGAUGGAUCCUGCUGUUUGUCCUGCCUGGCAACACAGUUAAGCAUAAAAAAAAAAAAAAGAAUCAGUAAUUGUACUGAAAUGCUCUAAGAGCCUCAAUAAACACAAAGUCACACAGUGAAAAGUGAUUAUUUUGACAGGAAGCAGUUUGUCUCUAUUCUUCCUGCACUUUCGCUAAUCUUUUGUCCCUUUAUCUCUGCUUUUUGUUGCUGCUAAGUGUGUAUUUUGUUGUGUAAAGUUUCCCUGGCUCAGUCAUGACUGUAUCCACGUCAGCUGCAAUCAUGCACCACCUGUACAUGAACACAUGGGGGAGUCAGAGGAAAGAGAAAAUACUGCUUAUUUUUGAUUAGAGCUGCCUGUGAAUUUUGUUAAAGAAAGUCAGAAGAAAAGUGGGGAAUUUCAACAGAGAGGGAGGGGAGUUAAGUGCUGUUUGUGUCUGUAUCUCACAAAGGACACCUCUUCAUUGUCUUAUCUUUCUGUAUUUCAAUACAACACUGAUUUUUAACUUCAAUCAUUUCUUGAUGACAAAAAGCCUUUACAAAUUUUGUUCUAUUUUGUGAUUUAUAGUUUUCCUUUUUUCCCCAUCUGUUUCCUCCUCUGUCAUUUGCUGGUGAAAUGUGUUGGAACUGUGACUCAGUAAAGAUGUGAACCCAACACAGAAGCAUUAGUCAUUUAUUGUCAUAGGUUGUUUUUCCAUUGAAGGUUUUUUCUUUAUUUUUUUUGUCAACAAAUCUUUUUUCAGAAUUUCAGGUACAAAUCAUUCAGAUUGUUUGCAUACAUGUAUAUCCUGAUGUGCCUAAGUACAGCCUCACAGAGCUGCUAGCUGAAGACUCUUAGUCUUGUUAGUGUUUACCUGGCAACACUGCAGAAAUUCUUGUCUGUGAAGAUUCUCAAGCAGAAAUUCUUAUAACUAGCAUACUGUAUGAAUUUAACAGAUAGAAUGUCUUUUACUUUUUGGGCACAUCUACAGUAUAGAAUUACUGUUUGAGAAAAUUGGAGUAGAAGUAGUAGAUUUAUAUGCCAGCUUGUGUAAAUUGAGCUCGGAUCUUGCACAGUAUGCCUGUAGCCAAUUAGCACCUUCUUCAGGCAACGUUGCUAGCAAAGCACAGCACAAAAUGUCAGAUACCUGCUGAAAUAAGUAGAUCAGUGAUGAGGAAGAUGACAAGAGAACAGGAUAUUAUCACAGAACAGCUGGGAAAAGAAAGAAUUAUUUUUCUUCCAACCCAGUUCAUGUAAGUCAUAUCGAUGUUGAGUGUGAAAGAUAAACUGUUGGAAAGGUCUUCUUAUGCAUUAUUGGAUUAUGGUGACAGAUCUGUACAGCAUAUUUUCAUGACCAGAAGUUAAAAACCUGGAAAUUUCAUUAUCCUUACAUACUAGUUUUCUUUGUCACAUGAUUAGGCAUGACUUAUACUGUUCACAUAACAUUUAUAUAACCCAAAGAGAAAAACAAGUUUUACAGAUUGAACAGACGUUUCUAACGUUCUUUGAAUGCAUUAACUGAAAAGAGUUUUGGCACGGAACAGCAGGCAACUGUGCAUAUAAUUUUGUCUAAGGGUCAUACUGACACCAGGUCAGUGAACUCAGUUCAAAUCCAUAGCAGCUGACGUCCACAUAACUUUUCCAAAGUCACAAAUGCUCAAAUGGAUUUUGCAGACAAACAGGUAACAUUUAAUAUGUGGGCUUAAAAUUUCUAGCUAGUAUUUGCAGCAGUGGGUAGAUAGUUAGAUGGUGUACAGGAAAGUGCUUGUGAAUGAAGUCUCAUUCAGAGCCAGGCUGGGCCCCAGCUGUUAUUAUUAAUAAUGUCCUGAAAUGGUCAUAAAAAUAUUUUUGGUGGGAAGGAAAUUGGACAUAGAGGAAAUGAGGACAUGCAAAAACAGAAGCAUACACAUACACAUGGUUUAAAAAAAAAAGUCUCAAAAAGAAAACAAGAACACUAAAUUGUAAACCAGUUACAUGAGUGGUAUUUUUUUGUUAUUUGUUAAAACAAAUUUGUUCUGUAGAUAUUACUGAAAAAGCCCCUGAAAACACAGAAAAUAAUAAAAUGUAAUUUUGUUAAAUGUUUAUUGAAUUCAACUGGCAUGUUUAAAGCAACUAUAAUCAAUAUUUUUACAAUAACAAUGUAUCAAAUGCCAUGCAG